AUGAGGAAUCUCUUUGCUGGGCUCGGGGCUUUCCAGCUCCUUCUGGGCUGUCAUGCAGUGACACACACAUUCGACUGGAAUGUCACUUGGGUAACGGCAAACCCUGACGGUCUUGCUGAUCGCAAAGUGAUUGGUAUCAAUGAUCAAUGGCCUCUACCAGUUCUCGAAGUGAACAAGGGAGACCGCGUGGUCGUCAACAUGUUCAAUGGCCUUGGUGACAAGAAGACUUCUAUCCACUGGCACGGCAUGUAUCAAGAAGGCACGAAUGACAUGGACGGUCCUUCAAUGGUCACGCAAUGCCCAGUGGCCCCGGGAUCAAGUUAUACCUACAACUUCACUGUCAAUCAAAAUGGUACCUAUUGGUAUCACUGCCACACGGACUACUGCUAUCCUGAUGGUUACCGGGCUCCUUUCAUCGUUCAUGACAACUCGUCGUACUUUUACGAUGAUUAUGAUGAGGAGAUGACUCUUACGAUGAGCGACUGGUAUCAUACCUUGGCCGAGGAUAUCAAGCCCGAGUUUAUGUCCUUGUACAAUCCUACUGGAGCUGAGCCGAUCCCCGAUUCAUUCUUGUUCAACAAUUCAAUCAGCCAGAGUUAUCCUGUUCAGGCUGGUAAGACCUACCUUAUCCGUUUGAUCAAUAUCUCCGCGUUUGUCGGUCAGUAUUUCUGGAUUGAGGACCAUACCAUGCGAAUCGUCGAAAUCGAUGGUGUCUACGUCGACGAAGCGGAAGCCGACAGAUUAUACCUUUCUGUCGCGCAACGUUACGCCGUCCUAGUGACCAUGAAAAACUCCACCGAAAAGAAUUAUGGGAUGGUCAUGGUUGCUGAUUCGUCGCUUCUUGAUACGAUUCCGUCCGAUCUCUUGCUGAACCAAACCAACUGGCUCGAGUAUAACUCUGGUGCUGCACACAACAAUGUGACUUUGGAGGUGUCUGACUCUUCAGAGAUCUAUCCCUUUGAUGACAUCAACCUCGUGCCACACGAUAGAGUGGAGCUCUAUAAGAACCCGACGAAGACGGUGGAGGUCACUGUGAUCAUGGAGAACCUCGACAACGGUGAUGGCUACGCGCUUCUGAACAACAUCACUUAUACAGCCCCGAAGGUCCCAACAUUAUACACUGUCAAGUAUGCCGGAGACCUGGCAACUGAUUCCACCGUCUACGGCGAGUACACUCAUUCCAUUGUGCUCGAGCAAGAUGAGGUAGUCGAGGUUAUUCUCAGCAAUCAAGACACCGGUACCCACCCUUUCCACUUGCACGGGCACAACUUCCAAUUGUUGGAUCGGUACCCGCCCUAUGGCGCCAACUUUUACGACUACGAUGCCGGAACGGAGUUCGCAACCUUUGAUUCCUCGAAUCACACCGCGUUCCCCACGUAUCCUGCCCGACGAGAUACGUUUGUCCUUCCUCCUGGGGGAUACUAUGUUAUCCGCUUCGUUGCCAGCAACCCGGGAGUUUGGUUAUUCCACUGCCACAUUGACUGGCACAUGAUGCAGGGUCUUGCCAUGACGUUUGUGGAAGAUCCCCUCGCAAUCCAGGACCAGUUCAGUAUCUCUCAAAACCAGAUUGAUGUCUGCGAGGCUGCCAGUAUGAGCUGGAAGGGUAAUGCCGCCGGGAAUACCGAGGAUUACCUGGAUCUGAAAGGACAAAACAAGCCCCCUGGCUUCAUUCCUGCGGGAUUUACCACCCGUGGUAUUGUGGCUCUUGUCUUUUCAUGCAUCUGUGCGGUUGUUGGAAUGAUUUCUAUCUCGAUCUAUGGAAUCUCAGAUCUGAAGUUUACCAUGCAUGAAUCAGGUCUGGGUGAUGAAAGUGCGACAGCACAGGAGAGGGAGGAGUAUCGAGACUGA